GGCAGUUUCAAAGGUCACAUACAAACUUUUUACACUGCACGAGUGGUUUAUUAAUGAAGUCUGAAUGAAAGAAGCAUUUAAGGGAAAAUAAGUGACAGGUUUAUGGACGAAAGCCUAGACAAUGUCAGACAGCAACGAGAUUACCAUCAACCUUGUUGUCCUUGGAAGAACUCAGGCUGGCAAAAGCGCAGCAGGGAACAGCCUGCUGGGCAGCUCAGACUUCGAGAGUCGCCUCUCCCCAAGCUCUGUGACUACCCGCUGCAGCCUUGGACGCAGCUGCCGCAUUUUAGGGAUUAUACGAAGAAAUGGCUGCGAGUUCUCUCUCCGCAUCCGAGUACUCGACACUCCAAGCUACCCUCACAGUGGUCUGAGCAGAGAGCAGGUGAGAGACAUGGUGAUAUCAGCCCUGGCUCAGCACUUUGGAGAGGAAGGCCUGCAUCUCGCUCUCUUGGUUCUGAGGGCUGACCUGCCCCUGUGUCCGGAUGAAAGCCAUCAUGCAAUUCAGUUCAUCCAGGAACUUCUGGGUCCCACCUGGAAGGAUUUCACUGCAGUUCUACUUACACAUGCAGACAAGGCAGAAGAGGCUGGAUUCAGCGAGGAAUCAUACUUGCACAGCGCCUCAAGUACCCUGUUGUCACUUUUGAGCUCAGUACAGCAUAAAUACAUUUUCCUGGACAACCAGAAAAGCGUGAUUAAAGAGGAAAGAGCUAUUGUCUUAAGAAAGCUCUUGAAUUUUAUAAGAAAAAAUAAUUACCAAGUGCUUCUACCUAAACACAGCAAGGAAUAAAAUUAACUUUCAGGUGCUCAUUUGUCUAUUUUCUGUGGUAGGUAAAAUUUAACAGAAAUAAAAGAGUAGAAACCAUCAACUGGAAAAUUCCACAUCCAUACUUCCAACUGUGUGUUCAAAGGUAUUUGGUGUCUCUAGAUUAUCAAACUACUUGCCUUUCAUAGAGCACAUCACACAGCUGCAUCCCAAAUCCUAGCUUCAACGACAAAAUCAGAACAAGCUACUGCUCUAGAUCAUGCUCCUAAUAUAUAUGUAGUCAUAAAUGAGAUUGUGCACUACACCAGACUGUAUACUGCAGUUCACACAGAACAGAGAUCUGGAAGAAAAAAGAAAUAAAAGGAAAAAACCACAUAUGAGUUCAGAGUGCAAGGGAGCCUCUUUGCUCAGUUCUUCAAGCUUUCAGAAGUUCCUCUGAAUCCCAAAGUUUGUGAAGAGCAUCCCAGUAGUAAAAGCUAAGAUAUAUCUACUGUUGUUUCCUUACUUUGAUUCAGGAUUAGUUAGAAUUGAGAUUCUGAACUUCAAGAACUUUGUUUAAUAAGACAUUAUUGGAAAUGUAGUUUACAAGGCAGAUAAAAUAGCUCCCAUGUGCUUAACGCUAUUCAGCACAUUUAAAAGAACUAAUUACUAUUGCUUAUUCCCAGAUGCAUGAAAAAUUAACAGUUUAUAGGCACAUACAAAACUCAUUCGAAAAAUAAAUCUGUUUGUCUCUUC